AUGGAUACCGGUCCUUUACUGGCAGGGAUAUGUUUUUUCCUGCUGUCGCUCCAUGGCUUCACAUCCUCCUCGGCGGCGGCGAGCUUCUGUCCGGAGCGCUGCGAGUGCCAGCAGCCGCAGCACCUCAUGUGCACCAACCGCGGGCUGCGCAGCGUGCCCAAAGCAGGCGCGCGUGCGCCCGAGGAGGUGCUGAUCUUUAGCCUCGGGGGAAACUUCAUCACCAACAUCUCUGCCUUCGACUUCACACGGUACAGUGACCUGGCGAGGUUAAACCUGCAGUUCAAUCAAAUCCAAACGAUUCACCCGAAGGCGUUUGAGAAACUCUCCAAGCUAGAGGAGCUGUAUUUGGGACAUAAUCUCUUAUCAAGUGUACCUGCCGGGAUUUUACAGCCCCUAAAGAAAUUAACCAUCCUCUAUGGGAAUAAUAAUGAGAUUAAGAACAUUACACCGGAGCUCUUUGGCAAUUUGGAGAGUCUCGUUAAAUUGCGCCUGGAUGGCAACUCAAUAGAAGCACUGCAGGACUCUGUUUUUAAAAGUUUGACCAGUCUGCAUUAUCUCCAUCUGGAAUCCAACCAGCUGCAGCACAUUCACAGAAACGCUUUCUCCAAACUCACCAACCUGCGCUUUCUAAACCUGGCACGCAACAAGCAGUCAGCCGUGCGUAAUGCCCUCACUUUUUCCCAACUCAAAGCCCUGACAACGCUGCUGCUGUCUGAGAAUGAAAUCCAAUACGUUGGAAACCACGUCUUCCAGAACCUGAAAAGGCUGUCCAAGCUGUCCCUGAGCAACAACAGGAUCUCUCGACUGGACGGCGGGUCUCUGGAGGGGCUGUCGAGCCUCAGAGAGCUCCUGAUUGAUGGCAACGAGCUGGAGGAAAUCCCCGCCGGUCUCCUGGACCCUCUGGAGCGCAUCGAGGAGCUCGACUUCAGCCGCAACCGGAUCUCCAGCGUGGACCCUUUGUCUUUUUCUCAACUCCAACACCUAAAGGUGCUGAAGCUGAAGAACAACUUCCUCACCAGUCUGUCUGGUGACAUUUUCGCCCUCAACAACGUGCUUUACGACCUGGAUCUCCAUGGCAACAACUGGACUUGCGACUGUCGCCUGGAGGAGUUGAAGAGAUGGAUGACUGCUGCACACUCUCAGGGCAAACUGUUGACUGUCUUUGUGCAGUGUCAUCACCCUGUAACUCUUAGGGGGAAAUAUCUGGACUAUGUGAACAGCUCCCAGCUGGAGCCCCUCGGAAACUGGACCAACUUGUGCAUGAGCCAAGGUGGGCCUGAGGAGAGCCGGGGAGGGGGUGUAGGGGGAAAAAUGGAGGGGAAAGAGAUUACAGAUACAAUGAAGCAGGAAGAGAGGGGUGGAGGAGGUCAGCUGGAGGAGACAGAAGGUGUACAUUUAAGACAGGGGACCAGGGAUGGGGUGAUAGUGCCAAAAGAAGCUGAAAAAUGGAAAAGAGGGGGACAGGAAGAGGUGGGGAUCCAGGGAGACCAGGGGGGUCCGGAGGUGGCAGAAACCUCCUCCUCACUGCAGAGAAAAAAACCAAAGGAGUCACCCGGUCCAAGGUCACAACCUGCUGGAGAGGCAGCUGGGAAACGUGCCAAAGGGAGACGAAGGUCCAACGUCAUUUCCAGAACCGAUCCACCGGCCAUUUCCACACCAGCUCACAGGAACGACUCUGAUUCAAACACCACAACCUCUCCUGAGCAGUCAGGAGAGAAGUUUGAUCUUCUGAGGUCCGAUCAGAAGGAGGCUCUGCCUGUCAUCACCGAUCCAUGUGUGUUCAACCGCCAUUUUAUCACUAACGUCUCAGUGGAUCAUGUGACAUCCAGUACUGUCAGUGUGUUCUGGACCACAAGGGACCAUCACCCCUACACACCGGGAGCUGGGCCGGGCCUGGAAGAAAUCCACUAUCGCAUUCUGUUUGACCGGUUCGGUGCUACAGAUCGUUUCCCCCGUUAUGUUUACGCCCGCGGCACAGCUCGCUCUGUAACCCUCCGAGAACUCAUCUCCGAUUGGACCUACAUCGUCUGCGUGGAAGGAGUAGUCAGCGGAUCUGUCUGCCAGGUCGCCCCUCGGGACCACUGCGCAGGGCUGGUCACUCUCCCCAAGGCGCUGGCACGUGACGGCACGCUGACCUCUGACCUCCAGCUGGUGACAGUGGCGACGCUAGCCGGGAACGGCGUUCUACUGCUGGUCAUCGGUGGGGUCUGGCUGGGGCGGUGCUUGAAGAGGAGGUUGCAAAAGAGGAAGUCGGCCGUGCAUGUGCGCCACAUGUACUCCACCAGGCGACCGUUCCGUCCCACUGUGGCCUCUGCCUCCGUGUCCGCCGACUUCACCUGCUACCAGAGCAGUCGUCCAGCCCGACUCGCCCCACUGGAGGAGGGGGAUCUCAUUGAGUUCCCUUGUGACCGCUUCAUGGACAGCAGCGGCGCUCGCAGGGACAGUGACAUGCAGAGAUUCUCUGACUAGAUCAAUGAAAACUCUGUUGCAAUAUGUAAAUUGGUCUGUGCCACAAUCUUGAGUGUUUAAAAUGCAGAAAAUAUAAUUCCUCUCAGCCGACGCAGUAUGUGUGCUUGU